GUUGGUCCUUCAGCUUCUAGUGAGAAUGAUGCCGGUAAAGAUAUAGCAAUGCGGUACCGAGAAACCACUGCAAUGUUGAAUCAGCUAGCAACGAACAUGUCGAUGGCCGAUGAGAAGGACUACAACAAGUGGAUGGGAGUAAUCACGAAAUUGUGCAAUCAGGCAAACAAGGCAUUGUCAAAGACUAUUACUAGCGAGGACAGACGGAAUGUACCGAUAACUGGGCUGACUUUGAAGAAGAAGAGUAAUCCAAGGAGCCAAGGUAAGGAACGUUAUAAGUCUAUCAAUGAAAAAGAACGCCGUCGAAAGAAACGU